UAUUUUGAUGCUGGAAUAAUCAUGGCUUCUUUUGCCUCGGAUGUUUUGUAUGUUCGCUACGCUUCUGAAACCGCUGCGGCUAUGGUGGUUUUCCUGCUUUGGCGAAUUAUUCGUAUCAUCAAUGCUCUAAUGAUGCACAAGCAACAACAGUAUGAAUUGAGAAUCGCGAUGCAAAAGCGAGCCCGGCGUUUGUUAGGCCGGAAGAUGGAAAUAAUUCGAACGGAAAAAGAAAUGCAGGACAAACAUAUCGGUGCUCUAGAGGAUCUGCUGAGGGAACUUGGAGCAAGCGCUGAGGUAAUUCGGCGGUGCAAACCACGCUAUAAAAAAUGCACAAAGGAACAAACGAACAAUGCGCUCAAAUCAAUUGCUGCUUUGACCACAGGCGUGAUGGGUGGUUUGGUUGGUGCUCCGUCCAAUUUUCAAGGCGUCAUAUCAAAAUACGGUGGCACUGCUAUCAACACUCCGACAGCUUCUCAGAAAUCAUUGCAA